UUUAAUGUUAUGAAAAGUUUUUUGAUCUUACCGGAAGUCUCAAAGGCGCGUCCCUGUUAACCAAACUUAAAAAAGGAAGUGUGAAUGAAAUACAUACAUAUUCUAUCUAGAUUUGAUCUAGAUCUAGUCUAUAUUCUAGUUCUAGUCCCAUUUAUUUAGUUCUUAAAUUGUAAACGAUGAUAUGGCAAAAAGAAAAGAGAAAAUCGACAAAGACACACGUCUUUUGAUAAAGCUCGUAACAGGUUUUCAGGAAAGAGAUGAAAAUUUUCAUUUAUGUCUGACGUUUGCUGAUUCCAACUUCAAGUACCACAGAUACCUCAGUCCUGACAGCCAUAAGAUUCGUCGUGCUGUUGAUGGAUUAUGCGAAAAAUUAGAAAUUCACUCACAAAAGCAGAAAGCUACAGAUUUAAGGGAGUUAACUCAGGCUUUUUUAGCCCAGCCAGGGCUUGAUGGAAGGGAUACUGGAGAGACAGAUGUUCACUAUGCCCUGCUGUCUUUGUUGCUGGAGUUGUCUCACUCCCCAAUACAAACUGAUUUUCAAAGAAAACAGAAGGAAAUAAAACCUGAGGAAGUUGAUGACUUUGAUUGGAGCUCAUACUUGUUACAAGACAUCAACAGGAACUUUUGUUCCUAUGCUUCAAGUAGUUGUGAUGAAUCUGACGAAAGCCUGUCUGAAGAAUCUGAUGAAGAGAAAGCAAAUGAAGAAGAUGAAGCUGACCAGAAAAGUGCAAUCAGAGAAGCUGAGAGAACAGAUGAGGCUUAUGGUCAGCAGUCAUGUCUAAGAUCAGUCAUACAGUCACAUGUGUCCUCAGUCACCUCGGCUGUCCAUCAUAUGACUGUCAGUGAUGAGUACACACAGCUGGAGCAGAUGCUAGUCACAGAAUACUGGAGGGGGAAGGGGAGGGAGGAGGAUACAGCAGGGAGUCAUGCCGCAUCUAAUCUAGCCAGAGACUGGAACUGUUACCUGUCAAAACUGAACGAGUUUCACACUCCAAGGUCACAAUGUGUCAUCACUGAACCUCAGGUCAUCAGGGAGGUCCUGUGGAUGUUAAGUGGAGUGAAGGAUCUGUUUAUUUUUAAAUUCAAUGGCCAAGAAUUCAGCCUCAACCCUGAUGUUUACCUUAUGCACUUGACUAAUGAAUGUCUGGAGAGCUGUAUGAAGCCACUGAUGCGUAAAGCCAGCCAGGUUGCUUCCCUGCACAGUUUUGUCUCCGACAUUGUCUCCCAGAUCAGCAGCGCCAUCUUGUGUCAGGGGCCCACGUCCACGGGGCCCGUGGGGGUGCCACAGACGUACCAGGCCUUUGCCACAUGUGUCUCAGAGUUCCUCUCACAGUACAGGGGGGAGCUGGUCAGGAUUGAAAAGAAUGUUCUAGAACAAGAUGACCUUAUGACCCUGGCCAAGCUGACCUCUGACCUUGAAGCUUGGCAUGACAAGGUUCAAACAGUCCACAGUAUCUACAUCUCUGGGGUGACCUCUGCCUCCAGCCUGUGCCAGACUACCCAGGUCAGCAACUGCUUCAAGUCAGCCCUGCUGCUGGACGUGCUGUACCAGGCCGUCUUUGAGGCGGACAUGAUGUCACUGACUGACACCACUGACAAGUCUCUGCUCACAUUAAAGAUGUUGGUCAAGACGAGCCAGCCUCUCCUGGAGAUGACCAGUGAGUGGAUCAACAAUGGUCAGUUGUGUGACUCGGCUGGGGAGUUUGUCAUUCAGAGAAACAAAGAAAUCAAAUCUCUAGAUGAAACAUUUUGGGAGAAGGCUUUCAUUUCAAACCUGCACCCUAGUCCCAACCAGACUUCUAGUUCUGAGCCUGCUGUUGUAGAUCUGAACCCUGGGGCCAACAACCCUGGGGCCAACAUCCCUGGGGCCAACAUCUCUGGGGCCAACAUCCCUGCCACUGCCCACAAGAACUAUCAAAAGCCAGACUCCACGGAGUACAUAAUAAAAAAUGGACCAAAACUUCUGCAGCCAAUUUUGGCUAAAGUUAUCCUGACUGGCAAGUCAAUGGAGAUGCUGGAAAAUCUGGGCAGGCUGGGAGAAGUUCAAGACAUCAGUUUUAGAGUUUUUGAGCGGCCUUUAACUCUUUAUGAACAUUUUGUGCAAGAUUUGAAAGCCAAGCUGGAGAUUUGUGAGACUCCAGUGGUGCAGGAGAUUCCCCCACCCAAGGAGAUUAUGUACCAGGAUAAGCAGGUGAGAAAACAGCUGCAGAUUAAGGGUGACCUUGACCCACUCCUGAACAUCAACUUUUCUGGCCUGUUUUCUCAUGAGAAAUCAACAAUGAAGAAACAAAAAUCCGAACUGAAUCUGCGAGGCACCAACCGUGGCAUCACGCCGCUGCUCAAAUUGUGUGAGGGCUGCUUGUACCCACAUAUCAGCUGCCGCUAUCAGACUGUCUGUCUGAAACUUGUCCACAUCCUCAAGACUGAGUACCACCUUCUGGACUGUCUUCAAGCUAUGCAGAGAUACUACCUCAUGUCUUCAGGGGAGCUAAUGUAUGACUUCUACACACCCAUUUUUAAGAAGAUAGAAAGCAGAGAAGACUGGCGAGAUUUUUCUCUGCUGGAGAUUUAUUUACAUGAAGCUGUGGCAUGCAGGCACCCUAAGGACAUAUCCAGGUUGUCUAUUGAGGUGUUGACUGGGUUACAAGAGAGGACCCCCAUCUCAGUCACUGAUUGCAUACACUUGAAAUACAAUGUUCCAUGGCCAGUGAAUGUUGUCAUAUCAGGAGAUUGUCAGUUACUCUACAACAACAUAUUUUCAUUUCUAAUCCAGGUGAAAAGAGCCAAGUUUACCCUGGAUCAGCUGAGGUUUGAGGAGAUCUCCCGAGCGCAGAAAGUGAGCAGACACGAAGGGGAGACAAUGCCCAGAGAGAAGAGGAUCCACAGGUUUCAGCUCCUGAGGUUUCGACUGCUCUACUUCAUCAACAGCUUACACAAUUACAUCAUGACCCGCAUACUCCACAGUAAAGGUCUUGAGUUUGCCACCCAGCUUGAAGGGGUCACUGACCUAGAACAGAUCAUCUCCAUCCACCGUGACUACGUCAACGCCAUCCAUGAGCGCUGUCUGCUCCACCCCAAGCUGGCUUUCCUGAAGGAGGCCGUGAUGAAGGUCUUGAAUCUGGCCCUCACAUUUGGUCUGCACUGGAGGCAGGGUGUGGAUUUUUUCAGUGGAGAUUCUAUUGUGGAGAUGGAGGUGGAGCUGACGCGCUGUGUUCAUUUCCUGGCUGCCUUUUUAAACAAUGUCAUCAAACGCGGGUCUUUCCCACACUUGGAAUCUCUGGCCUUUGCACUGGUGUCUUCACUACAGAAUGUGACCAAUGGAUAGCACGCACACACAUACAGACUUUUGUUAUGGUUGUCUCCCUGUAUCUAUCAUGAUUUAUUUUCUCAAGACUC